UCAAUUACGCAAAUCCUCUCUAGGUUUCUGGAAGGACGUCGAGUCGCAGCGGUGUCAUUCAUAUCAACACUGAGUGUUCCAGCCGUUUAUAACGUCUGCUCGGAGACUUUACACGCGUUAAAAACAUGAUCAGGAACGGAAGCCAUGCGGUGGAGGAGGAGGAGGACAAGGCAGAGCCGAGCUCCUCGAGCCACAGCCCGGAGAAGAGGAAGCGGGUGAUCCGGGUGUGGUGUGACGGCUGCUAUGACAUGGUUCACUAUGGUCACUCUAACCAAUUACGACAGGCCAAAGCGAUGGGAGAUUAUCUCAUAGUAGGAGUACAUACAGACGAGGAAAUAGCCAAGCACAAGGGUCCACCGGUCUUCACGCAGGCCGAGCGUUAUAAAAUGAUACGGGCCACAAAGUGGGUGGAUGAGAUUGUAGAAGGGGCACCGUAUGUUACUACGCUGGAGACGCUGGACAAGUACAACUGUGAUUUCUGCGUGCACGGAGAUGACAUCACAUUGACCGUGGACGGCAAAGAUACAUACGACGAAGUGAAGAGAAUGGGUCGAUACAGGGAAUGCAAACGCACGCAGGGAGUGUCUACGACAGACCUAGUGGGUCGUAUGCUCCUGUUAACGAAAUCACAUCACAGUAACGUUGAUAACACAGCCUACCAGCUCCACACAGAUAACUUUGGGAAGGGUCCUAAAGGGCACAGCCCUUGGACUGGUGUCUCUCAGUUCCUGCAGACGUCUCAGAAGAUCAUCCAGUUCGCCUCAGGAAAAGAACCACAGCCGGGAGACACAAUUAUUUAUGUGGCCGGAGCUUUCGACCUCUUCCAUAUCGGUCACGUGGAAUUCCUCGAGACUGUUCACAAAUAUGCAAAGAAACCUUACGUCAUUGUCGGACUGCACUUUGACCAGGAAGUGAACCGCUACAAAGGAAAGAACUACCCCAUCAUGAAUAUUCAUGAGAGAACUUUGAGUGUGCUGGCUUGCCGAUACGUGUCAGAGGUUGUGAUCGGGGCUCCGUACGCAGUAGGAAAAGAUCUUCUGGAUCACUUUAAGAUAGAUCUGGUGUGUCAUGGGAAAACCGAAGUGUUUCCUGACACAGACAGGACAGACCCUUACGCUGAGCCGAAGAAGAGAGGUAUUUUCCACUUCCUGGACAGCGGCAACAAUCUGACCACCGACGUCAUCGUGCAGAGAAUCAUUGAGAACAGGUUGCAGUUUGAGGCCAGGAACCAGAAGAAGGAAGCUAAAGAGAUGGCCGUGAUCGAGGCUUUGAAGCAUAAAGAGGAUUCGCUGAAGACAGAGGCGGCUCUAACGAAUAAUUAACCGAACUGUCCAAACCGAACAAAUCAAGGGCUUCGUCGUAGAACCAAAAAUACCCCCGAACUGUUAUAUAAACACCCCAAAUGAACAAAAUGCCUGAGCUGAGGCUGCUUUUAAGUGGACGUGGAGGAAAACAGACUUGUUUUUUAUAUCGUACGACUCUUGUUUGACGACAAAAGCACUUUGUUGUGCGCAGUUUUUAUGAUAGCUAUUAAAUGGGUUGGAAGACAUUCUCUCUGGAUGGGUGGAACACUGAAAAACAUUCAGCAACUGCUUUUGCAUUGUGCAUGAAGGUUAUGGGAGGAUUGUGUCAUUUCAGUGGUUUUUGAAUUGGCGAUCCAUCCGCACAUAUUUGUAGUUCAGCAGAGAAACGCUUUGUGAAGAAACACUUGAUGUUGACUACGAUUUCAUACAUACUAGUGGUUAGUAUGCACGUAAGCUUAUUCAGAGUAUAUGUUAGGAUUUUUUAUUUAUUUUUUAUUCUGUGUCAUGGAAAUAUAUCCAGGUCACAUUUUACCCCAAAAUCAAAAGAAAAGAAAAAAAAACAUUUUGUUAAGAAAUUUUCUUGUUUUAGGACUAUUAUUUAGGCUUUUUUAUUAUUAUUAUUUAAUUUCCAUUCAUAUUCUCAUUACCAUAAUGUAUCUGGACAUGUAUCUUUUAUUUUAAUUUUUUGGUUGGAGUUAUUUGUAGUAGUGCUUCACUUUAUAGUAAUUUUUUAAUAGAUUGUACAAAUAAGGAUGUACUACCAUGAUAUAAAAAUACUUUACCAACUUGAUAUAUGUUGUCCUUUUUUUAAUAAUUAUUAUUAUUUCCAUUUUUGUAGUGAGAUUUUGACAAAUGGGCUUAUGGGGAAAAAAUAUCAAGAUAGUGUCACAAUGCCAAAAGAAAAGAGUAGAAAAGAAAAAUCAUUAAGUCCUAAAACUUAUUUUUUUAAAUUUUAUUUUUAAAUUUUUUAUUUUGUGGUAAAAUGUCAUCCUGGCCAUUUUUAACAGGUUUUACCCUGGCAUAUUUUAUUCUAGUGGUGCUGUUGUGGUUUUACCAUUCUCAACAUCACUGGACGUUUGAUAUGCGUGUCGUGAAAAAAAAAAUCUCAGAACUAAUCUCUGAAGUUGUCAACUAUUGUUUCAAACAUUGUCCACAGUCACAUAUCUGGCAUUUUACUCAGUUUUACCACUUUUAUUUUCACUUUCUUACUUUUGUUUGAUGUGACAUGAUCAAAGUCACAGCCAAAGACUCUUUGAGCUCAGGUGAUUGUUAGAUGUCAGUUUGAUGUCACGCUUUUAUUCAUUCUAACGUAUAACAAAUAAUCUUUACAAACAUCAGUUUCUAAACUAAGUUGAUUGUUUAAAGUCAAACUUGCUUUUAUCUCAUAUGUACUUUUGUUUUAUGCGGUUUGUUGUCUGUUUUUGUUUUUAAUGAAUGUCAAAGCACCUUGCAUUUGCUGCAUGUUUUUACUUUGUAACAUUUCCUGCACAUUGUGUUUUUACAUUGCAGAAAUGUUGAGUGACCAAUUCUGAAUAUAGCGUUCAUGUCUUCAGACAAUCUAUAAUUUAUCAUCCCAUGUAUCAUAAACUGUAAAUCAUUAGAACACAUCCAUUAAUUGCAAAUUAAAUUGCAAUAAAAAAGUAUCAAAACAGCUUGUUCUAACUAUUGUUUGACCAUUAUCACAUUAAGCGCAUAAAAAUCUAAUUAUUGAAUCUAAUUUAGUCAAUCUGAAGAUUAAAUAAACUUCUUUCUCACAAAAAUGUAUAAGAAAUUCAUAAUAUUCUGUUUUUCUCUGCUAAUGAUUAUUUAUGGAUAUGUGAUUGUGCUUUUAAACACAAUGUAAAGUGCCUGGUUUAUUUUACUUAAGUAAAACUGAAACAAAUAAAAAGAAUUGUUACUUGCAAAAAUGUAAAUUGAAAUAAAAUAUAUAUGUGUG